UUUCAAUUCAAUAGACAGAAAAAUUGGUUCUGGAAUAUACUAGGAGUAGAUGAAUUAGAGAUUCUCAUUAUGUUUUAGGGUUUAGUAUCCGGGAAAAUGCCAUUUCAAUAGAUUGUUUUCUUUGAGUUCCAAACUAAAAAUUAGUGAAUCACUUGUUGUAAUUAAAGAAGAAAUCAAUGCCAUAGACUACAAAACUUUAUGCGAUGUAGGUACGAUUUUACCAAAAUUGUCCCAUUUUCUUGUAUUAUUAGGUGGUGCAAAGAUUAAAGCAGAUUUUUUUUCCCGUGUAUUAUGAAAUGGUCCUUUUUUUAAUUGGUCGAAUGCUGGCUGAUUGAAGAUUGCUCUGAUUUAUUUUUUUAAAUGUCAAACGAUUUUAUUACUGAUUGUGAUUCAUUUUGCUAUUCUGAAAUGCCUUUAUUCCGAAAGUUCGCUGGUUUUUGAAUUUUUCCUAUAAGGCUGAAAGUGUACGAGGAUGGAAUUGUAGCAGAGUGUCGUUAAUUUCAGUAACGUAUCAUGUGUAAUCGCUACACAUACUAGCUUAUUAAGUUGUAUGAUAUUUCUCAAUUAGUAGAGUGUCGUUACGAAAUAACAAAAUGUUACUCCAAGUAACAUUUAUACCUUCAUUUUGACCAAGUGUAACUGCUUGACUGUAGGAAUUUUCGUCUUUGUUAAUUUCUUUAAAAAUAAUUUAUCUAGGUUAGAAACACAUUACUUCAUGUAUGUUUUGAAUAUUGUGAAAGUGUACAAGCGAGGCUAGUAGUAGAAUACAUUCAUGUUGUCCUUCGCUUGACUUUAGAACAUUGCAACUUUCGAAAUUUUUUUUGGUUAUUUGCAGCACUCAAAAAGUGUUAGUAUUGUCUUAAGACUUACAUAUGAUAUCUCCAUCUUUUGGGAAGUGAUACAAUAUCUUGAAAUUGUCCAGGCCCUUGUAGGACUUCGAUCCUUUUUCUUUGACAUCUGAAUACAGUCGACCAAAUGUGUUGUUUAAUAUAUCUUUUUGCGUUAUUAAUUUUCAGGAAAGAUGUCCACUGAAGUAGCAUAGUAGAGAAAGUUACUGUAAUGGAUCAAAUCUCUCAGUUACCUGACCCUAUUUUGCAGCACAUAUUAUUCUUCCUACCUGCAAAAGAUGCAGCUCAAACUAGUGUCCUCUCCAAGACAUGGCUGAAAGUCUGGAAUUUGCUUCCUGUAUUUACAUUUGAUUUUCAUAACGACCUUUCCUUAUGGAAACUCUUGUCUACAGAAAAAGAGGAAUCGGAACAAGCUGAUAUAAGAGAUGCUUUCCUAAGUAUUAUUGAUGGCUCAUUGAUAAACCUCCGCAUGCAAAAAGCAAAGAUAGAGAAAUUCAGGCUUUCUCUUAAACUUUCGUAUCUAAAAAACGCCUCUUGUAUUGACGAAUGGAUAAGAUUGGCCACCAAUAACUGCAUCAAAGAAUUAGAUGUUCAUAUUACGCGCCAUUAUGAAGAAGAUUGGUACAGUUUGCCAGGUUCAACAUUUAAAUCACUGAUAGCUCUGAGAUUGGGCGGUUUUAAGCUAGAGUGGCCUCUAAUUGUUGAUCAUAUAAAUCUUACUAAGUUGAGGGAGCUAUCUCUGACUGAUGCCUUUUUGGAGGAACGGAUAAUCUUGGAAAUUUGUUCUUGUUGUCCAGCGAUAGAAGAUUUAAGUCUCAUCAGGUGUCAGGGAGUAAAAGAUGUAUUGAUAUCUGAUCUCCCCAAACUUGUGAAGCUUACCUUACAUCAACCGAAUGAAAUAACUCGGGAAUAUAGAAGUAUCCGCAUUCAAGCUGUUAAACUUCAAAGUCUAUAUUAUAGAGGAUGUAACAGCGAGUUAAAAUUUGACGUGACUACUUUCAAGCUUCUGAAGGAACUGAGCAUAACAUUUGAGCAGAUUACUGACCUAAUGGUAGAAAAUCUUGUUUCUGAACUACCCCUUCUUGAGAAAUUAGAAUUGAACUUCUGUUUCAAGUUGAGGAGGCUUAAAUUUUCGAGUUGUAUACUUAGACAGUUAACAUUCCGUUCUGGCAAGAGUCUGGUGGAACUUUGCAUAGACACCCCAAACCUGCUCCAUUUUGAAUAUGGAGCUCGUAAAUUGCCUGUCAUAUUCUCUAUGACAACAUCUUCCCUGCAGGAAUCUUGUGUCAACUUAAUGCCCAUCGAUCAUCUAGGCACGAGUUGGUUUCAAAAUUUGAAGGAAGAUCUAACUAGAUUCGAACAAUUGAAUUUACUGAUUCUGUCUAUAGAUUCAACGACUAAUACAUUCAUCGUGGAAGAGCUGAAUGGAACAUCGUCCUGCCCUCUAUCUGUUGUUAAGCAUGUGAAGAUACAGCAAGUUAUGGAGUCUUUAAAUUUUGAAACUCUGUUAGAUGGUCUGCUUUGGACUUGUCAUCCAGAGACUCUGUCAGUUGUCAGAAUCUGGGAGCACAACGAAAAUUUUAUACAGUUCUUGAUGGAGAAACUAAUGGAAAGAGAGACUGUUCCUGUCUGCUGUGAAUCAAGACGAAUCAAAUGUUGGAGGCACUAUCUUAAAGAAAUUGAAGUUGAGAGCUCAACUAGACGAUAUGGGGAUCCUUCUUCAUCAAGUCAAGUUUCAACCAUUUGUUUCAAACUGACAUGGUAGAAUGCUGACAAUAGAAGCUCGCUGGUCUUAGACUGA